AUGAUUUAUAGCUUGCACUGCAACCCUUGUUUCUUACUGGACGUGUUUGGCAAGAUGGAGCCACCGACCUCCUCCAGGCUGAAUUCCCGAAAGAGAAGAAAAGAUGGAUCUGGCCCUAACGGGGCAGCAGAGCUGGAUGGAAUCCCUCCAAAAAUGUCCCGACGCUCACUUGGACUGAGGGAACCAGCUCCAUUUUCAGAUGAAGUGGAGAUCGACUACAGCAAGCCAUACAUCAGAGUGACAUACGAAGAAGCCAUGAGAGGGACCCCUUUGGAUCGUCCAGUCAGAGUUUAUGCAGAUGGAAUAUUUGACUUGUUUCAUUCUGGACAUGCCCGGGCCUUGAUGCAAGCGAAGAACCUCUUCCCAAACACAUACCUCAUUGUUGGAGUCUGCAGCGAUGAGCUAACCCACAACUUCAAGGGCUUCACGGUGAUGAACGAGAACGAGCGGUACGACGCUGUGCAGCACUGUCGCUACGUGGACGAGGUGGUGAGGAACGCGCCGUGGACGCUCACCCCCGAGUUCCUGGCAGAGCACAGGAUCGAUUUUGUUGCACACGAUGACAUCCCCUAUUCUUCUGCUGGCAGUGAUGAUGUUUAUAAGCAUAUUAAAGAAGCAGGCAUGUUUGCACCAACUCAAAGGACUGAGGGGAUCUCAACAUCCGAUAUCAUCACCCGGAUUGUGCGGGACUAUGAUGUUUAUGCCAGACGGAACCUGCAGAGGGGUUACACAGCUAAGGAGCUCAAUGUCAGCUUCAUCAACGAGAAGAAAUAUCACCUCCAGGAGCGUGUGGAUAAGGUGAAAAAGAGGGUGAAGGACGUGGAGGAGAAGUCAAAGGAAUUUGUCCAGAAAGUGGAGGAGAAGAGCAUUGAUCUCAUACAGAAGUGGGAAGAGAAGUCCCGAGAGUUCAUUGGCAAUUUCCUGGAGAUGUUUGGCCCAGAAGGCGCAUUGAAGCACAUGCUGAAGGAGGGCAAGGGCCGGAUGCUGCAGGCCAUCAGCCCCAAGCAGAGUCCCAGCAGCAGCCCCACACACGACCGCUCCCCGUCUCCCUCCUUCCGCUGGCCCUUUUCAACCAAGACUCCUCCUUCCUCACCUGCCAACCGCUCCAGGAACGAGUCUGCAGUCACCUAUGACAUCAGUGAGGAUGAAGAGGAUUAAGCUGCUGGCUGGGAUUUGCUGCGACCUGCUAAUCACUGAAUCCUAAGUCCAGACCCACUGGGGAACUCUA